AUGUUUGUGGUGGUUCUUAUACAACUCUGCCGCAUUAAAAAACAGAAGCAGCUAGGCUACCAGAGAAAAAACUAUGCUCCAGGAUAUCCGCAGUGUGGCCGGAAUUACCUUCCUUCUUGGCAUUACAUGGGGCCUUGGCUUCUUUUCUUUCGGACCAGGGAAAAUUGUUAUCCAGUUCUUGUUUACCAUCUUCAACUCAUUACAAGGUUUCUUCAUUUUUUUCUUCUACUGCGUGGCAAAGGAAAAUGUCCGCAAACAAUGGAGACGAUAUCUCUGCUGUGGAAAGCUCAGACUGGCUGAAAACUCUGACUGGAGUAAAACAGCAACAAAUAAACUAAAGAAACAAACUUCUAAACAAGGAGUAUCCAGUAGUUCCAGCAACUCCAUUCAGUCAACAAGUAACUCAAACUCAAACUCAACGACUUUGGCGCUAGUAUCCAAUGAAUACUCAAUGCAC